GUGACACUAAGAGUUUCACGGUGGAACACGGUCCCUCUUUAAAUAACUGUAACUUUGGGUUUUCUUUAAUGGGUCGAGGCUCGUUGUGGAAACAUAGUGCGUCUGUCUAUUGAGGAGUGACUCACGUAAUAUUUAUUACGUGAGCGGAGCGGACGCGGUGGUGUGUGUGUGUGUGUGUGUGUGUGUGUGAGGGGGGAGUUUCCGUAUUUGUGCAACUAUUGUACUUGUAUUAAGAUCAGUGUGUUUUAGUGACAGUCUCCGCUCAGAUGGAUUCCUUCACCUUCCUCUACGAUGUCCCUCCGGUCAUCGUCGAAAGCUUCUGUAAGAUCAUGGACAGCGGGGAUGACAGUCUGGGAUGGCGCGGACUAGCGGUCCGAAUCGUCCCCAGCUUGUUAGAGGUUCGCAUGUUGGAGCGCUUGGAGGCAGCGGGUCGGAGUCCCACCAGGGAGCUGCUGUGGUCCUGGGCUCAGCAGAAUCCAAGAGUCCAGGACCUGCUAAAUGUGCUGAAGGACAUGGGCCACCACAGGGCCCUGCAGCUCUUCCAGAGUCAGUUAGAAACCAGUAAAGAGUCACCUUUGACCCACAGUAAUCAACAUGCCGGGUCCACAGAGCAGAUACCAGCAGCUAAAGAGAAGGAAAAGACGAGCUCUUCAAGCCAAGCUGCAAGUUCUGCGAGGCCAGCUGAAGAAACCCAGCCUCCCAUCAUCACUUUCCAAGACGUCAUAGAAGGAACCAGAGAUUUUCAUGAUGAAAUGAGGAUUGCAGAGGGCCAGUUCUCUAAUGUCUACAAAGCACAGAUUGGAAAUAAAACAUUCGCAGUGAAGCUUUUUAAACAGAUACAUAAGGGCUCGUGGAAGAAGCUGUGGGAUAUCUUCAGAAAAGAAAUGGAAAUUCAUAAUUUGUGCCAACAUCCAAAUAUCCUAGACUUGUUGGGCUGUUUUUCUGAUGAGGACCACUAUUGUCUGGUCUAUCCCUACCUCCCCAAUGGAUCGCUUUUCGACAGACUACACCUUCAGGAUGGAGAGCGUCCUCUGUCCUGGCAGGAGCGUCUCAACAUCAUCAAGGGAAUCGCAAAGGCUCUGCAUCACCUCCACACGGCCCAGCCCUGCCCGGUGAUCUGUGGCAACAUUUCCAGUUGUAACAUACUCUUGGAAGAUGCCCUGCAGCCCAAGCUGACUAACUUUGGCUUGGCUCGUCUACGACCUCAAUCAGUCAGUCAGUACUGCACCAUCACUCACGAUACGAGUUCCCACAGCAACCUGGGAUACCUCCCUGUGGAGUACAUCCGAGAUGGCAAGCUGUCCUUCAGCCUGGAUGUUUACAGCUUUGGAAUGGUCAUAAUGGAAACAGUAACAGGACGGAAGGUCAUAGAGGACGCACCUAAGCAAACGCUGCUGAGAGAUUUGCUGGCCACUGAGGUUGAGGUCAGUGGUGGUGUUGACUCAUGUCUGCAGUUUUUGGACGAGACGGCUGGUCGGUGGCCGACUGCUGUGGCCCUCAGCCUGUUGGCUCUGGCCUUGGACUGCACAGCUAGCCGCCACCGCCACAGACCAAGCAUGGAGAAUGUGCUCCUGGCUCUGAGCCAGCUGCUUCCUCCACCUACAUGCCCACUUGCCGACCAACCCCGCAGCCUGGACGACGGAGCCCCCAUCAAAGCCCAGCAAGUCUCCUUGUCCUCAGCCCAGCAAGGCUGCUCAUCCUCCAUACCUGUGGAGCACGAUGAGCAGCACAGCCUCCCCAGCUCUCCAAUCCUGUCGGGGCCCUGUGAAUGCAGCCAGUCAGAGGUGACGUACCUGAGUGACGCCGUGGGUGCCCGUGGUGAAGCGGCACCAGACCUGUACAGCAGCUGGCCCGUACAGUGCAGCUGCCCGGCCGAGGCGGGUGGUCUGGCCUGCGAGGACUGCAGGGCCAACGGGUUCACCCUCGACCGCGCAGAGAGUCCUCAGAGUGACUCCAGUGUGGUGGAAAACACAGUCAAACAGAGACUGAGGAACAAACUGAGUCUUUAUGACAAAGGGCAGCUUCACACAGAGGAGUUGUUCUCUGAAACAGGACUACAGUAGAGAACAGACUUCCUGUUACAGGUCACAAUCACCUUUGGUGGACAGCAGUUACGCUUACAACUUGUCACCUGUGAACAGCUCCAGAUAACUCUCAACAGCUGGUUUGCAUUUUUGGUUUGAAACGUCAUGGGAGAGAAAGAGACUUUGUUUUCACUCCUCAGGCUUCACAUGAGCAGGAGCAGCCCUGACGCAGGACAUGCUCUAAACAUUAGAUCAGAGAUGAGCAAAACUGACAGUGUUGCAUCAGGAAUUUGAAAAAUGGAUGGCUCAGUGUUCUCAGACUCAAAUGCAGGAGGUGGAGUGAAAUAAUUAAAAACAGUAGCAGAGUUACAAAAUGUAUUUAAAUAUAUUUAAUGAAUUGUUGCCAAAGGAAACAACAGCAAGCAAACUUUCUUUUGCAAACCAUUUAUAUGAACUCAUCCAGUAUCCUUCCUGUCUUCAUUAUCAUUAUUAUUAUUAUUAUUAUUAUUAUUAUUAUUAUUGUUAUUGUUAUUAUUAUUAUUAGUAGUAGUAGUCAGCAGUAAUCAGUAAUGUCUCUAUUUAUCUUUAAACAAAGUGUUUGUAUAGCUGCUUGUGUUCACAUGUUAACGUGUAGAUUCUGCAAACCCAACAUGGUGUAGGAGAGAAAAUCAUUUGUGCACAGCUUUCAGAUACAGCUGAAAUGGUCAGCAGAUCAGCAGAGCAUUGAUUAGCAACAAUUUUCAAUCAAUCAUCAAUGUUUCUACAUGCCAAAAUGCAGAUAUACAUUUGCCAUUUUCCCCCCUGUUUUACAUCACUGUAAAUUGAUUGUCUUUGUCCAAUAAAACAACCUCAUUUAAACAUCUGGA